ACAGCGGCUGCGGGGUGUCAGCUGAUCCUCCUCUCUCUCUCUUUUUGUGUGUGUGUUGCUGCUCGCGAGCAGGAAAACGCUGCUGGACCUCCACGAGCCAUCAUGGCGGCGGAGAUCCACUCGAGGCCGCAGGCCGCCAGACCGAUCCUGCUCAACAAGAUCGAGGGGCACUCGGACGCCGUGAACGCGGCCGUUUUAAUCCCGAAAGAAGAUGGCGUGAUCACGGUCAGCGAGGACAGAACCAUCCGAGUUUGGCUGAAAAGAGACAGCGGCCAGUACUGGCCGAGCAUCUACCACACAGUCUCCUCGCCGUGCUCCUGCAUGUCGUAUCACCAUGACAGCAGGCGCAUCUUCAUCGGCCAGGACAACGGAGCCAUUGUGGAGUUUCUCAUCUCUGAAGAUUUCAACAAGAUGAGCCACGUCAAGACAUAUCCAGCCCACCAGAGCCGCGUGUCAGACAUGGUGUUCUCCCUGGAGAGUGAGUGGGUGGUGAGCACCGGCCACGACAAGAGUGUGAGCUGGAUGUGCACCGAGAGCGGCAGCAUGCUGGGGAGGCACUACUUCACGGCCUGGGCCUCCUGCCUGCAAUACGACCACGAGACGCAGCACGCCUUCAUCGGCGACUACUCGGGCCAGAUCACGCUGCUGAAGCUGGAGAAGCAGACGUACUCCAUCAUCACCACGCUGAAGGGUCACGAAGGCAGCAUCGCCACCCUGUGGUGGGACCCCGUCCAGAGGCUGCUGUUCUCGGGGGCCGCCGACCACAGCGUCAUCAUGUGGGACAUCGGGGGCCGCAAAGGACGGACGUUACUGCUGCAGGGACACCACGAGCGCGUUCAGGCCGUGCGGUACCUCCAGCUGACCAGGCAGUUGGUGUCGUGCUCGGCCGACGGCGGCAUGGCGGUGUGGAACAUGGACGCGCAGAGAGAAGAGGCUCCUCAGUGGUUAGACUGCGACUCCUGUCAGAAGUGCGAGCAGCCGUUCUUCUGGAACAUCAAGCAGAUGUGGGACACUAAGACCAUGGGGCUCCGACAGCACCACUGCAGGAAGUGUGGCAAGGCAGUGUGUGGGAAGUGUAGCUCUAAAAGCACCACGUUCCCCAUCAUGGGCUUCGAGUUCCCGGUGCGCGUGUGCGACGCCUGCUUCGACACGGUCAAAGAAGAAGAUCGGACACCUUUGGCCAUGUUCCACGAGGGGAAACACAACAUCGCCCACAUGGACAUGGACCCGUCCAGAGGCCUGAUGGUCACCUGUGGAAGCGACCGCGUUGUCAAGAUCUGGGAUGUGACGCAGGUGGUUGGCUGUAGCUUAGCAACAGGCUUCUCUUCGCGCUGAUUCCCCCCCAUCCCCCCACCCCCACCCCACCCCUCCUCUGUGCUCCGCCCACUCUUCCAAUGUCAUGGAAACCCCUCUGUACAAUAUCUUCCCCCCCCCCCCUUCACUUCUGGGAUCUUCAGCUACAGCCAGGCCUGUUCUCAGUGUGUGUGUGUGUGAGAGAGAGUGUGUGUGUGUGUGUGUGUGUGUGUGAGUCGAUAGUGUAGCCCUCCACAUUUCUUUUGCUUCUCAAACAUCUAAUUCCACUACCUGUCAGUCCUACAUGAAAGUGUGUGUGUGUUGUGUGUCUGUUUUGGUCUUUUCGCUCUGAACCCUAAGCACAAUUUUGUGUGUGUGUGUGUGUGUGUGUGUGUGCGCGCGCAGACGUGUGCAUGCAUCAUAACGUUAUCUCUCCUUUGGGAGGAGUGGUAUUGACAUCCGUGGUUACAUUAUAUUAAUAUUUCCGAUGCUUCUUUCUUCAUUUUUAUUACCGCUGCGCUGUAAAGUUCACCAAAACAAACGCACACUAGCUUGCUCGUGACUGUGGCCCGCUAACUGCACAACACUCACAUGUAAACAAACACUCACACGUAACAUGUAAACAAACACUCACACGUAACAUGUAAACAAACACUCACAUGUAAACAAACACUCACAUGU